CCCGUACCAUCUAUCCCCAUACAUAUAAGCUACUCUUCCCUCCCGUCGUUCCUCGUGGACCUUGAAUUCCUUCUCAUUCCAGCUCUCUACUUCCUGCCCGUUUUGACCUGUUUCAUUUCUUUCCUCUCGCUUAUCGAUCUUCUUCUUACCGUCCAGAUUCGACUCAAUCCUCAUCCAUGGAGCCGGUGGAAAGGAAGCUAGAGAUUGGCUCCCGUAGCUAUCCUAAGAUGCCCCUCACGCAACAGCGUCCCUCUGGAGAGCCACCCCGCUUGAAAGCUACACCUAAGGACGAACUCCACGAUCUCCUCUGUGUGGGCUUUGGACCGGCUUCGCUGGCUAUUGCAAUUGCUCUUCACGAUGCCAUGGAUCCUUGCCUGAACAAGACCACUCCCAAUUCCAAUUGGCAGCCCAAGGUCUGCUUCCUAGAGCGACAGAAACAAUUCGCGUGGCACUCUGGCAUGCUGGUUCCCGGUUCAAAGAUGCAGAUUUCCUUCAUCAAGGAUCUGGCAACCAUGCGGAAUCCCCGCAGCAGCUUUACUUUCCUCAACUAUCUUCACCAGAAAGACCGUCUGAUUCACUUCACCAACCUGAGCACCUUCCUCCCCGCUCGGAUGGAGUUUGAAGAUUAUAUGCGGUGGUGUGCGCAGAGAUUCACACAUGUGGUGAGCUACGGUGAAGAAGUUAUCGAAGUGACCCCCGGGAAGACAAACCCGAGUAGCACGCUCGUGGACUUCUUUACGGUCAAAUCACGGAACUCAGAGACGGGCGAGAUCUCUACCAGGAUGGCACGCAAGGUUGUCGUUGCCAUUGGUGGUACUGCGAAGCUGCCCAAGGAGCUACCCCAGGACCCAAGGAUUAUGCAUUCAUCCAAGUACUGUACUACUUUACCUGCCAUGCUGAAGGAUAGCCGAGAGGCCUACAACAUUGCUGUACUGGGCAGCGGUCAAAGUGCCGCGGAAAUCUUCCACGACCUCCAAAAACGCUACCCCAACUCGAAGACGACGCUGAUUAUGCGAGACACUGCUAUGCGACCCAGUGAUGAUUCACCAUUUGUUAACGAGGUCUUCAACCCCGAACGGGUCGAUAAGUUCUUCGGUCUUUCCCCUGCCGAACGCCAGCGCUCCCUCACGGCCGACAAGGCAACCAACUAUAGCGUCGUCCGACUUGAGUUGAUUGAGCAAAUCUUCAAUGACAUGUACCUACAGAGGGUCCAAAACCCCGAUGAGACACAAUGGCAACAUCGCAUCCUCCCUGGCCGCAAGAUCACCCGAGUUGAGCAUUACGGACCUCAUAGGCGGAUGCGGCUUCAUGUUCGGGCUGUCAAAGACGAGAAGGACAGCCUUGUUGGCAACGGCAAAGAAACGUUGGAGGUGGACGCACUUAUGGUGGCUACAGGCUACAACCGCAAUGCGCACGAGCAAUUAUUGAAGAACUUACAGCACUUGCGCCCCGCGGGCCAGGAAGACUGGACUCCCAACCGGGAAUAUCGUGUUGAGCUGGAUCCGAGCAAGGUUAACGCGCAGGCUGGAAUCUGGCUACAAGGUUGCAACGAGCAAACGCAUGGACUCAGUGACAGUCUGUUGUCCAUCUUAGCGUCACGCAGUGGCGAGAUGGUGAACUCGAUCUUCGGAGGCGAGUUUGCGGGAACGACGGUGCCGGACACCACUCACAUCCGCGCUAUGCUAUAAAGGAAGACAUAGUCCUAUGAAUUAAAGGUGUGUUGCGUCGAAGAUCUCUUUGGGCCCGCUUCUUUUACGCGCUUUAGGCGCUAAAGACGAUUAUUCUUUAACGAAAGGGUGAGCCAAAGAUCGACACCAGGGACAAAGUGAGAGCAAAAAAAGAAAAGAAAGAAAAGAAAAGAAGGAAGGAAAGGGAAACAUACCAGAACAAUUAUUACACUGGUAUACGAUAUUUCAUUUGUUGGAUACCUGUUCUAUUAUGCAUAGACUAUAUAUGACAU